AUGGGAUCAUCUAUAAGUGCUGCUGAGGUCCGGAAGUUUGAAGAAAUGGCAAAAAACUGGUGGGACCCAGAAGGCUCCAGUGGACCACUGCACAGCAUGAACCCAGUCAGGACAAAAUUCACUCGGGAUGCUUUGUGUCUCUGUUUCGGGCGUGAUACCAUGUCAGCGCACCCGUUGCAAGGGCUGUCCAUCCUGGACGUUGGCUGCGGAGGAGGGCUCUUUAGCGAGGCCCUGGCCAGAUUGGGCGCUUCUGUCACAGGCAUUGAUGCGUCAGAGGGCGCCAUAUUUGUUGCUAGAGAGCAUGCCCGCGCUGAUCCAGUCAUCCAGGGGAGGACGGCCUAUCGCAACAUCACUGCAGAGCAGGCUGUGGACAAAGGCCUGCAAUUUGAUGCGGUGGUGGCGUCAGAGGUCAUCGAGCAUGUGGAGAAUGUGCCUGAGUUCUGCAGAUCACUGGCCGCCCUGACAAGGGACAGCGGCGCGGUUGUCAUUUCCACGAUCAAUCGCACUGCCGCCUCCUACGCUGUUGCCAUUGUAGGUGCCGAGUAUCUUGCACAGGUUGUCCCGAAAGGCACCCAUGACUGGUCCCGCUUCAUCACUCCAGAUGAGCUUGCUCGACUGAUGGGACGGGUAGGCCUGCAGCAAGUCAGCAUCUCUGGGAUGUUCCUCAAUCCUGUGACGGGCAGAUGGUCCUUGAUGAACGAUACGGCUGUGAACUAUAUAUCUUAUUUCAGGAAGAACAAUACAACGCCCAGUCAAAUCGAGCAUAUUUAG